AUGACUGACAGUGUCUUAACCACGCCUGCGCAUGCGGCCCAGUUCUAUCGCACGUCACACCGUCACGCAAAGGCGAGCAAUAACAACUCCGGGUGGCUUUUUGGCGAGGUUCUCGGGGUCUGUGUCGGACUACUUAGUGGUUCCGACUGGCGACGAGUGCGGCAGCAUCUCGAGGAGCCUUUCUCCCGCCCAUCCGCCACGAGAUACACCGCAAGAUUUGUAGCCCAGGCUCGAGAAUAUAUCCAGAAUGACCUUAAAGCCGGGUCAGUUUGUCUGUCUAAAGUACCAGGUGCCAUCAGUUUCGAGCCUGCCCGGGCGCUCCAGCUUUUCCCGUUCUUUACAAUGGCCGAGGUUCUUUUUGGACCUCUGAGUCCAUCACAACGUAAGGUCUUGGUCGGCCUGGCACCCCUUCGUGAGGAACUGUUCAAGGAGGUCAUUCGUGGCGGCGUCAACCGUCUUUCGAUCGCCCCAUACCUACCCUGGUCGGGCGUGAGACUGUUGAAAACCUUCCAGAAACAGUGGCAAAGCUUCGUGGAAGAUGCCUACACACAUGCUCUGCAGGACAAGGGAGCACUAUGUUCACCGGUCAUUUCCCUCUGGGAGGCAUGGAAAGCUGGAAAAAUUACGGAACGAGAAUGUCUUCAAACGCUCGAUGAGUCACUUUACGCGAAUCUUGAUGUAACCACGCAUGCUAUCUCAUGGAACAUGCUGUUGCUAGCACAAAACCCCAUGGCCCAGACGCGAGUGAGGGAAGAGGUCAUUCAAGCUGUGGCUAAAACCGGAGCUGAGCCAUAUGAGUGCUUUAUCGAUCGUGAAGAUACCUUCCUAGCGGCAUGUGUAGUUGAAUCUGCAAGACUGAGGCCAAUCCUACUCGAUACUUACCUCUGGGUUUUGUCUCCUCCAGCUUUCUCUAAUCCCGAAUCUGCCCCGGAAGAUCAACUUGUGGACGGCUAUCUCAUUCCACAACAUACCAAUGUAAUUGUCGAUGCCCAGUCAAUAAACAUCGAUAACCCUUUCUGGGUGAAUGGCACUCAGUAUGAUCCGAGUCGCUACCAGAAAUUGAAGAAGGAAGAGGUCCGCUAUAAUCUGUGGCGUUUUGGUUUUGGACCCCGACAAUGUCUUGGAAAGAAUGCUGCAGAGCGUAUGAUGAGGGCCAUCACAGCGGAGAUGGUGCGCCAGUAUGUGUUGUCCGUUCCGGAAAAUGUAGCUAGCCAGCUCGAUGCAGUACAGGAAGACAGCUGA